AUGUCUACAGAUGACGAUGAUUUUCUCACUGUCGAGACAUAUUCAGAGGAUGGCAAGAUUUCCAAGACUACACACGUUCCCGUACAGACUGCAUCUAUAUCCUCGUUACCCGAGCUCAAGCCAUACAGUGCGUAUGAGGGGUGCACUCCAAUAAGCCGCAACAUCUUUCUUGGCGACGACUCCGACCACUUACCCUUCAUCCCAUUUGCCGAUGACCCAGGGUUUGAUUGGGCCGAAAAUGCCGAAUUUUUCACAUAUUUAGCCUGGGAAAGCCGAUUCUUUGAUCCUGACCAGGACUUGAUCAUUCUAGAAGCUGCAUCGCGUCUUCAACGAGCAUGGUCUAUCACUCCAGAACAAAUGGACAAAAUGACCGUAUUUCCGCGGUCACUUUUAUCACAACCAGAGCAGGCCGUCCAAAGAUCGUUGGAGGUACGAGAGUCUGACCAUGGCCUUGGGUUAUUCACCACCGAGCCUGUAAAGGAGGAUGAAUUCGUGCUCGAGUAUGUUGGAGAAAUCAUAUACGGAAGCACAAUCGACUCCCGCGACGCAUUGGCUAGACAUAGGACGCGCAACUAUGUUUUCGGACUCGACACCACAUUCGCAAUUGAUGCUACAUCAGCUGGCAAUAUCUCGCGCUAUAUCAACCAUGCAGACGACGCAAACUGCUAUUCCCGUUUACUUCAAGUGAACGAUGAAAAUCGGAUUGGUAUCUUUGCCAUCAGGGACAUUGAACCUGGGGAAGAAAUCUCGAUCAAUUAUGGAACACAAUUCUUCCAAGCUGAUGAGGCAGUACCAUAG